UUACAUGUUUAUUUCGACACCGGUGGAACGUAAACAUUGGAAAAAAGAGUACCUGGUAAUUUAUUUUCUCAAAGCAAGAAUGGCAUCGGAUACAUAUGAUGUGAAAGUGUACAUAUACGAUCUUUCACGAGGAUUAGCAAGAACUAUGUCCCAAGCCUUUCUAGGAAAGCAGUUAGAAGGGAUAUGGCAUACAGGCAUUGUAGUUUAUGGCAAGGAGUAUUUCUUUGGAGGAAUGGGAGGUAUAGAAUGGUGUUCUCCAGGUGGAACAGUGUUAGGUCAGCCAACCACAAUUCAUAACCUAGGACAGACCCAGAUUCCCUAUGAAAUGUUUAUGGACUAUCUACAUGAUUUAUCCCAGACAACUUUCAGAGGAGAGUGUUACCACUUACUAGAUCAUAAUUGCAACACCUUCAGUUCUGAGGUAGCUCAGUUUCUCACUGGCAAUGAUAUACCAGCAGUGAUCACUGGACUUCCUGCAGAGGUCAUGAGCACUCCAUUUGGUCAAAUGAUAAGGCCAUUUAUUGAUGCUAUGUCAGUUCAGCCAACUGGAGGUCAUGCUGUGUUUUCUGAUACACCAUCCUCACAGUCAAACACAAAAGCUCCGCCCACAACGAGUCAGCCAAGCAGCACAGCUCCACCUCCAUCUAGCCAACCCAGCCAAUCACAGAAUCCUAACAGUUCACAGACCACAAGGAAAGAAGCACAACAUGACAAGGAGAAGAGUAAACCAUUUGUAUAUGCUACGGAAAUCGGAAGUCCUUCUUAUUGGUGUUCAUCUGAGUUAGGUCUUUCAUCUGCUGUUCAAGGUCAUUUUAAAGAAAUUUACGAGUUUCUGUCACAAGCAGACGACAGUUGGAGUCUUGGUCGUGAUCACAUGACGAUGCUAUGUAGACUGGUUCUAGGUCAUGAUAAAGGAUGUGAGAUAUAUGCACUUCAGUUGCUGUGUAGACUGGUUUUAAAAGAGGAUAUUGUCCAGCUGAUCUCUCAUGAUCAAAAAUCAAAGUUUCCAGAUAUUCUUGAUCAUUUUGAAAACUUCACAGAACAAAUAAAGAUUAGUUUAAUAAGAAUGUUAACAAAUUGUUGCAGCCUGGUAUCAGGACAUUCAUUAUUACAUGAUAAAUAUCGACAGAGGACCAACAAUAUUUGUGUAUCUGGUUUGCUGUCAGAUAAUGAGGAGAUGACAAAACCAGCAAUAGCCCUCAGUUAUAACCUCAGUUGUAGAAAGUUAUCAGAAGAUUCAGAAUUAGAAAUAGGGAGCGCACUGUUAAAUUGUAUGGAGAAAGAUCUGGAUGAGCAAACAGCGUUCCAUCUGUUGACAGCAGUUCUGCACAUGAUGGAGUCUAAUGAACAGGUAAAGGGUCUAGCAGGAGUUCUUGGUGUCAGUGUUGCCAGUUACAGAACAAAAUCUGACAGAAUAACUAAAUUGUGCGAUAAUAUAUCUGUUCUGUUAUGAAAUUUUCAACUGGACAGUACCAUCCUUGUUAAGACUGACAACAACAUAAUCUUCACGGAACAUAUGCGUACCAAAACAGAUAUAUCUGUAUUGAACUGAAGUGAUGAUUCAAGAGCAGUUACAUGUUAAAAUAUUUUGGAUGAUUUAUAAAAUAACAAAACUGUUCACAGUUAUUUGAUAAAGAAUUCUAAAAGUCUACACGACUCUGAAAAUCAGUAAAAUUUCAAGGUGUUUCUUGUCAAUGUUUUCGUAUAAAUGUUGAUAUUGUUUUUGUAUGUAUUAUAUCUGCCUCUUGUUGACAGUAAGUGUGAGCAUACAUGUAUCAUUAUUAAAGAAAAGCAGUCAAAUUGAAGAAAUUAAGCAAUACUAGUACUUUAUUAAAUGUUGAUUUACAUGUACUAGUUUUAAUAUUUGUACAGCAUCUUAAACAAUUGAAUAUUUGAACCUUGGGGUCUGAGCAAUGGUCAGGUUUGGACACAUUUAGUAAAAUAAUAACAGAAAUGCAAAUGUCCUUGCCUGAAAUAAAGACAGGAGGAGCAUCUUGGCACUUUCUCCAUAGUUGAAGAAGGACGAGCGUAAUAACAAAAUUUACUGCUGGGACAAAAAGGCAACAACCGUUCAGAUACUGUUUCUUCUUAGUACACAUGACAGACAGAAACUUGAGGAAUGUGCUUGAGAAACUCUCUUUAAAACAUUGCGAACAGCCAGACAGUGGCCAGUUACUGACUUGAAACAAUUAAAAUCAGGAACUAACUGUGAUGAGAUAAAUUGACAGUAUCUUAUACGAUAUUCAGAUCAACUGUGAUAGAUGUUUACUGAACACAUUUUAUAUAUUCAUCAGAAUUAUCCUUUUUAUGUUACCCAUAUUUACACACUUUUGUAAAUGAAUUAUUUAUUAUAUGGAGAUUAUAAUUUCUGAUUUACAUUGAGUUAUUUGCGAGAUUUAGAGAAAUAAAAUUCCAAAAAGUUU